CUCUGUUGAUAUCUGGGUCGCCAUCGUCUAUGAGUGAGAAGGACUUGGCGAUGAUUGGUAGAUGUGUACUAUCCGUGUAUUGGACACCCUCGAACUGAUGAAAGAAUUGCAGGGGAGGGGGUCGAUCAGCCUUGCAGAAGGUGCCUCAAUGCAUGCAAAAACAAAGAUAGAAGGUACGGUAGCACUCAAGAUGUAUUCAUAGCAUACAAGAUGAAAAGAGGAGGAAAGGAAAAUGGUGGAGAAGCAAAGUACAAUAAGCAGCCGGCCGUCAUGUUUCGACGGGCUCCAAUGGAGGCAGAGUCUUUCUUCCCCUUCGUACAAACCUCGGGUUCUGGGCUGUUGUGGGCAGUGACGAUUAUCUGCGCGGAAGUCAACGUCGGUGGACCGAUCUGGUGGGCUUUCCAGAAUGCGGGAUGCUAGCAGGUACAGCAAGACUGCAAGUGCUUGCAUCGAGACAGUACCGCGGAGAUCUUGGAGGGUUGAUAUUUCCCGACCUGCGAGAAUUUGGUGUUGGUUCUUAUCAGCAAAAAUAUUAUUGCUCUUGGCGCUGAUUGGUGCGCUGUCUGAGUUCUCGACGAGUUUACAAAGCUUCUCCGGGCGGACUAAAUACUAGCCUUAUCUAUGGCCACUAACCAGACGUGCGACAUAAGAAGAAAGUAUAAUCGCAUCGACAUUUGAUGGUCAAGAUCUGCCCAGGAAAUCGACGACUCCAAGGAAAAAUCUAUGAUGCAGCCAGCCUUCACUCCCGUCAGUGACAGUGCAUGUUCCCGAAGACAGCUCGGAGGGCUUUUCCUUACCCCGCGAUUCAGAUAUCCCAGGUCUUCUCCUCUGGCGCUUUUUCUCUUGUCAGCUCCAUUGGUCAUUGGACAGGCUUGAUG